AUGCGAAACUCAAGGGUCGGUAAGAACUAUAUUAUACAAUCCCAACAUGUCUUCUUUUGUCCUGUCCAUCAUCGGCCUCUUCAAGCCUUCUACAAGAAACGCAUACAUUCCCUCGCGACUCCAAGCCCGUUGUCGCAGUCCCUCGUACUUCCCUAUCGCUUUCUACCUCAACACCCCUUGAAGCAGUCCUCACCAUGUCCGCCCUGUUGCGGGAUGCCCCUGUGGGCCAGGUGGUCCGUUUCGUGACGAGGAACAAAUAUUUCCAGUACCCAGAGGAAAGAUCCGAUUUUGUGCUGCCCGACUCCUACCAAUCUCACAAGCUUGGUGCUGCAACCCCAACACAGCCAGUACUCCCCGUGCCUGAGGAUAUUGAGAAGAGGAUCGAGGAGGAUUCCGACGAUGCCCACAGCCUUUCUGCUGCCAGAACGGCCGCAGAUGGCGAGUCCGUUGCUCUUUCAGACCGGACGCUGUCCAAAAUCAUGACUCGACCCGAGCUGAGCCAAGUCAACACCCGCGCCGAUCUCGAACAAGCCUAUUCCAACGCCACGCGGCAAGAGACGCUGAAGAAUCAAGUUAGUCGACCCAUCGCGCCGCAAGUCACUUCCGAUGGCACCAUCUUGGUCGACUGGUAUGCCACCGAUGACCCGGAGAAUCCACAGAACUGGUCCCGGGGCAAGAAAACCAUCGUCGUCCUGCAAAUCUACCUGUACACUCUUGCCGUCUAUAUGGGAUCGGCCAUCUUCACGCCGUCUGAGCCGGUCAUUGUUGAAAAGAUGGGGGUCUCGCCGAACGUCGCUGCGCUCGGCUUGUCUAUGUACGUCUUGGGGUACGGCAUUGGUCCUCUGAUCUUCAGCCCCCUGUCGGAGAUUCCUAUCAUCGGCCGCAACCCGCCUUAUAUGAUCACCUUGGGAAUCUUUGUGAUCAUUUCCAUCCCCACUGCCGUGGUCAACAGCUUCCCUGCGCUCGUCGUUUUGCGUUUUCUGCAGGGCUUCUUCGGCAGCCCGUGUUUGGCCACCGGCGGUGCAUCGAUUGGCGACAUCUUCUCGCUCCUGAAGCUUCCUUACUUCCUCACCGGGUGGGCCGCUUUUGCUACAGCUGGUCCCGCUCUUGGUCCCAUCAUCUCCGGCUUCUCGGUGCCCGCCACGAACUGGCAUUGGUCGCUCUGGGAGAUCGUCUGGCUCGCCGCUCCGGUCUACGUCUCGCUCCUGUUCCUGCUGCCCGAGACAUCUUCCUCCAACAUCCUGCUCCGCCGCGCUGCUCGUCUUCGCAAAUUGACCGGCAACAACAAUCUCAAGUCCCAGUCCGAGAUCGACCAAGAGAAAUUGACUGUCAAUGAAGUGGUGGUUGGCAACCUCUGGCGACCGGCCCAGAUCAACAUCCUCGACCCUGCCGUGCUCUUCACCAGCCUUUACACGGCCUUGAUGUACAGCAUAUUCUACUCUUUCUUCGAAGUCUUCCCUCUUGUCUACGCGACCGGCAACCCAGGCAAGGCCACACAUGGCUACGGCAUGAACGGCGGCGAGAUUGGCCUGAUUUUCCUCUCCAUCUCGGUCGGCGUUAGCAUUGCCAUUACCAUCUACGUCCUGUACCUGCACUUUGUGUUCGAGCCGGAGAUUCGCACCAGAGGUCUUGGAGAGCCUGAGCGACGUCUCAUUCCCGCCCUUCCAGCAAGUCUGCUGUUGCCCAUCGGUUUGUUCUGGUUUGCAUGGACUGGUAACAGCUCCCCCAAGAUCCACUGGAUCGUGCCCACGCUCGGUGUCGUGGUAUUCACGGUCGGGAUCUUCAUCCUCUUCCAGUGUAUCUUCAUCUACAUCCCCUUGACGUACCCGCAAUACGCUGCGUCGCUCUUCGCCGGCAACGAUUUUGCCCGUUCGUCGAUCGCCGCGGGUGCGAUUCACUUCUCCCGCCCCUUGUUCCACAACUUGGGCGUCGGCAGUGGCGUCAGCUUGCUUGCGGGGCUGACUGUCGGUGGCAUCAUCGGCAUUUUCGUCUUGUGGAAAUUUGGUGCAAACUUGAGAGCCAGGUCGAGGUUUGCUGCCAAAUAAAGAGAUGCGUACAGCAUUUCUGUGGGAGUACGAGGACACGAAUUCCAUUGAGUUGGGCGAAUCAAACGAUUCUAUGUGUACAAUAUUAAGCGGUCGAUUUUGGGCAGGUUCUGCUCCUCAUUCGCAGCGACAAAGCAAGCGAUGGCGUUGGAGGAGUGAUGAUCCUAUAUUAAUACUACAGCAGGACUGGCUAUAGACAAUCCACGCAUGCAUUCAA